CAAAUUGGAUUAACUAUAAAAGAGAAAUCGUUGAAAGUCUCUCAAUAUUAUUAGUUAAACAGUUGAAACCCAUUUGGAACUUGAAUUCGCCAUAAGAACUUAAUCAAUAUGAAAGCUUCUCUUUUCUUAAUUGCUCUUUUCUGUGUUUCAUCGAUCAACGGUAAACAAGUAUCUGGUCCAUUUGUGGAUAUGGUUUAUCAAUCUUUAGAUUUCAUAAAGAACGUUGAGAAAAAUAUAACCAAUUGGGAUAAUUCAGCUACUCUUCAAGAAAAUCUGAUAAAUGUUGUCAAAAAAUCAGUGGAAGCUGAUUGGAAUCCCGAAGCCAUGGGACAUGUCUCAUUGAACGAUACUGUCAACAAUAUUGUCACCGAUGCUCUCAAGCUCUUCAAGUUACCAGGAUUCAGUCCAUCGAAGACUCUUGAACAUAAUGUUGCUGAACUGGCCGAAAACCUUAUUUACAAACCUCUUAUGGUGAUUUAUAACAAACCGAAAAAUUAAACCAAUUAAUUGAUCCAAUAAGAAUAACUUUCCUCGGUUUUAAUGUCAAAAUAAAAAAAAUCAACAAACAUAA